AGAGAAGCUUCUAUCCCCUGAGACUUACCGAAAGAAACUUCAUAGCACCUCCACAAGUUUUCUUUUCGAGACAAAACGUUACUCCUGGCGGUCCUAGUUGGGAGGUAGCGUUACACCAAACUGUACAAUGCAUAUGCUAGCGUCAAACGGAUCCAUAAUGAACCUGGAAAACUCGGAGUUGGUGACAAUUAAAGCACAUUACUGUGGGGACAUGUUGAUUGCAGACUUGGCAGCCACAGUAACCUUUGUGGAGUUGCGGGAGGAGGUGAGAACAAUGUGCAGCGUUGCCAAGCAGCAGCCCAUCACACUCAAGUGGAUCGAUGAUGAAGGGGACCCUUGUACCAUCUCUUCCCAGAUGGAGCUGGAGGAGGCAUUUCGUAUUUACAAUCGAACCAGGAGGUCUGGACUACUACUGCAUGUGUUCCCCAGUAUCCCGGAGCGGCCUGGCAUGCCCUGCCCUGGAGAGGACAAAUCGAUCUAUCGCCGCGGGGCCAGAAGAUGGAGGAAACUCUACCGAGUCAACGGACACCUCUUCCAGGCCAAGCGCUUUAACAGGAAAGCCUACUGUGGCCACUGUAGUGAAAGGAUAUGGGGGCUGGGCAGGCAGGGCUACAAGUGUAUCAACUGCAAACUGCUGGUCCAUAAGCGCUGUCACAGACUCAUCCCUCAGACCUGCCAAAGGCUUAUGGAUCCAGUUAUGCCAUCACAGGAGCCCCCUUCGGAUGCCAAGAGUGAAGAAGUGGACCUUCCACCAGAUGACACAGAGGACACAGACGGAAUAUCUUUUUUACCACACAACUGUUCAGUGGAUAAAACAGAAGAUGCAGAUACAGAGGACAUUAAAGCAGUAGUGGAUGGCAUCGAUGGCAUUAAGCUGUCCCAGGGCCUGGCUCUCGGGCUGAGUGACUUCGACCUGAUCCGAGUGAUCGGGCGCGGCAGCUACGCCAAGGUCCUGCUGGUUCGGCUAAAGAAGAACAAGCAGGCGUACGCCAUGAAGGUGGUGAAGAAGGAGCUGGUCCACGACGAUGAGGAUAUUGACUGGGUACAGACAGAGAAGCAUGUGUUUGAGCAGGCGUCCACCAAUCCAUUCUUAGUCGGCCUCCACUCCUGUUUCCAGACAGAAAGUCGGUUAUUUCUUGUGAUUGAAUAUGUGAACGGCGGGGACUUGAUGUUUCAUAUGCAACGACAACGAAAGCUCCCCGAAGAACAUGCAAGAUUUUAUGCUGCUGAAAUCUGUAUCGCUCUGAACUUCCUGCAUGAAAAGGGCAUCAUCUACCGAGACCUGAAGCUGGACAAUGUUCUCUUGGAUCACGAGGGACACAUCAAGCUCACAGACUACGGCAUGUGCAAGGAGGGGAUCAGACCAGGUGACACUACCAGUACCUUCUGUGGGACACCCAACUACAUUGCACCUGAGAUCCUCAGAGGAGAGGACUACGGCUUCAGCGUGGACUGGUGGGCUCUGGGCGUACUGAUGUUUGAGAUGAUGGCUGGGAGGUCCCCAUUUGACAUUAUCACCGACAAUCCUGACAUGAACACGGAGGAGUACCUCUUUCAAGUUAUUCUUGAGAAGCCCAUUCGCAUCCCAAGGUCUCUGUCGGUGAAAGCUGCCAGCGUGCUCAAGGGCUUUCUAAACAAGGAUCCCAAGGAGCGGCUGGGUUGCCAGGUCCAGACGGGCUUCACAGAUAUCAAGUCACACACAUUUUUCCGCAAUAUAGACUGGGACCAGCUGGAGAAGAAAGAGAUGACGCCGCCCUUCAAACCUCAAAUCACUGAUGACUACGGCCUCGAAAACUUUGACACGCAGUUUACUAAUGAACCAGUGCAGCUAACACCAGAUGAUGAGGACGUCAUCAAGAGAAUAGACCAGUCAGAGUUUGAGGGAUUUGAAUACAUCAACCCCCUGCUGCUAUCCACAGAAGAGUCUGUAUGAAGGGGAGACCAGCUUCCUCCUUCGCCCACCUACUGUCUGUCCAAGCUGCCGUCUCAGCCAAAAACCACUCGCAAGCCAACUCUGAAAAAGCGAGGAGGAGGAGGAGGAGGAGGAGGAAGAGUAAAGGACAACAGGGGAGGACGAACUCACCCUCUGGACCUUGUCAACAAGGCAAUGCAAACUGGAGAACGGGAAAGUUUCCUUCCUGGACCAUUCCGAUUGCUUUGUUGGAAUACCAAACUCUUCUCUUCUUUGGUAUCUUCGAGGAAAACAAAAGACACUGGACUUCAAGAACAUUCCCUGACGUUAUGUUGUCUUCCCCCUUUUUCUUUUCUUUUUCUCCCCUCGGCUUCAUUCCUUCCUUUCUCCUCUCUGAAUGUCCAUCCUCACGUCAAAGCACCGGCCGGCUUUGUGAUUUCAACAGAGAGCAGUUUCAUUCUGUGCCUGCCACCAUGAACACAUUUCAGCCCGUCUCACAUCCCUGGAUAAAUAUGACAGUUCUGCUGAGGAACUUGAAAAUUUUACGAGCACUUUUCUUUUCUUUUUUUUGGGUUAAAUUUUUAUUUUCUAUCUUUGACGAGAAUGUACAAUGACAAAGGAAAAAAAAUAAGUUAUUAUUGUGUAUUAUAAUGUAGGUAGUGAAUCCAGAAUUGACGAUGCCUUUUUAUUGAUGCAAGUGGCACAUUUUUUCAUCGUAACCACAAACAUUUCUUUAUGUUGUCUUUUAGGAUUUUCACAAACAACGGGGUGGCGGGAGGCGGGGGGGUACUGGGCGACAACUUUUUAUUUAAGAAGUGCCUCAAAGAUCAUAUUAAUUAACCAUGGCUCCGAUUGCACUUAUCUCUUAUUGAAACAUGACUUCGCCCAUCCUGGCUUCAGUCGGUUAAAGACCAGCUGACAGCGUGGCUAUAGGGUUGGUCCAGACCAUUCAGAUCUUUAGUGGAAGCAUAAUGUUUUGGAGCACAGUAGCCUGCCUCAGUCCUAACACGACUGAAUCUUUUUUUAAAUUAUUUUUAAUGAAUCAAUUCAAAUAAUCAGUGUAGAAAAGACGACAUGUCUAUAGAUUCACAAAAGUAGCAUCCGAGGCAUCAUCAGAUACGAGUACAACCGGUGCCAGUAUAAGAGACAAUGCUCAAGCUCGAUGUUUCGAUGUUUUCCCAAAAGCCAAAUGAUCAUGUAGAAGAUGUCACAGAUGGGUGUCGUCGCAGCAGGCAGCAUCCAUACAGUCCCUUUUAUUUGCAAUGACACCCCAGUUAUAGAAGGUGUGUAUACAGGGCACGGUAUAUACUCGCUGCCAAUCGCAGUCUGGCAGCUUUUAGAAACACGUUAUAUCAGGACGUCAGCUGAAAAACAAAAGCGCUGCAUCGGCUUCAGCCUCCACAGUGUGUGCAGGCUUGCUGGCCGAGCUCAGAUUCUCCUACACCAGCUGCCACUGCGUGACCAUCUGCAGCCGGUCGAAAAUAUCAUGUGACCGGUUGGUUUGUGCGGUCUUGUGGAAAUGUGUCUUCAUUUCCAUUUCGGGCUCAUUGUGUGUUUCCGUCUCCGCGCUAAGGCUGGCUUUACACGGUGCAACUACAGCUCAGUGCAACUUCAAUUGUUACCUUGUUCCUUUGGUUAUAUAAGUCCAAUCAAAUGACCAAUAUAUAAAUGUAAUUAAUUUAAUAGUUUUAUUUCUAAAGGGAAUAAAAGAAGGACUUUAGAGAUCCAUUAGAAAUGCUCCAGGCCGGCAAAAGGACAGACAACACUUAGUUAGCAGUGGUGUUAAAUAUAAUAGCAUCAAGAAACCGAAAGAUAUCAAAGAUAAAAUGUGUUAUUUUGUCUUAAAAAGCACAGGACAUGUAAAUUACAGAGCCGAUAUGCCGUUUCAUUUCAGGAAUCCUUCCAAAGUUUCCAAAGUAGUACAAAGCUUCUCUUCUUAUUUUAACGCUGGUACUUCAAACAUUUGUUUGUUGGUAAUUUCUUCACUUCAAAUUGAAGUAGUCCUCAAACAAUAGAUUUGAGUUGACCAACAGACAAUAGUUGUAAAAAUUGUGACGGGCAUUUGUCCAAAUUUUUUAGACGUUUUAAAGACUUAAUACUUGAUUUAAUAACUCAAUAACAACCCUAGUUCUGUCACCUCUCAGACAGGUUUCACACUGUAUGUGAUGCAAAUGUAAAUGUGGCCCAUGCGACUAAAUUCAACUUAAAAUGUGUUAAAUGGAGAGUUUUCACAAUAGUUACGGGUUAUCACACUGGAGAUUAAAAACAAUUCCAACUAAGAGUUAAGCUGUUGACCCACGUCUGCCUCUCUCCGGACUGAGCCUGGAUUUAAAAACACCACAUGUACUGAACUAGCCAGGCAAAUGGCUAGUGGCUAAUGGUCCACUCCCUGCCAUAGUAUUAUUUUUCAACCUGGACACUAUUUUUCCCAUGUUUUUGUGUCUAAGUGACUAAUGGGGGACAACACUUUCUGAAAUUGGUGAACAGAACAGAUUGGAUCAAGCAAAAGGUAAAGAAAAAUUCCAUAAUGUUGUCAGUCAGACACUUAUAAUAAUAACAAUCUGAGCCUGUCAGCGGCAAAAUCAAGCACUUAGUAUAGUGGGCGUACAUUGUCUGUUGCCCAGAAGAAUUACAUUGCAGCCCGUUUAGCGGCUGCCGUCUGCAGCGCUCUCUCCCUCAAUACUGGACCAAUUUCAGAAAUUGUUGUCUCCAUUAGUCACUUAGACACAAAAACAUGAGAAAAUGGGUUCUGUAUUUGGCAGGAAAAUACAGAUGUUACCCUUUAAUUUCAUACAUGUGUAUGGUGAACAGUCCAAAAUGUAUGACUGUUCACGCCAAGAUACAUGUGAACACAUCUGUGUAUACAGACAGCCAACAUAGUGUAAACAGAACCACCAUGUGCAUCUGUGUCCGUCUUUGGACUCUGUCUGCCUCCUCAGUAUCAAGUAUAAGACCGGUUAACAAAGCUCAGCACUUCUUGAGUACCGACGGAAAUGUAUCCAUGAAAACUGUCAAAUAUCAAAAGUUGGCAUGAGAUGCUUGAUCAGAUUCUUAGUGUUGUUUUUUUUAAUUAUUUGGUCACAUAUGUCUUGAUCUAAAUCAGGAAACUUUUCCAACUUCAGAUUGUAUUUUAUUUAGAUAUAAUUCUUUUAUUGUUAUUUAACACUGAACCAUUCAGCACUUUUGUUAAAUGAAAAGUAGAGUUCAAACAUUGUUUUUUACUCCCCAAACUAAAGUAUCGACAACAAGUUCUGUUUUGGUAUUGGUACUGAAUCUUGGUUAUGGUGUUGUUAUCGUGCUCUGGGUGAGUUUGUAACCUGCAGCUGACAGCGCAACAGUUGCCCAGUGUAAAGCCAACCCAACACACGGUGGUCAGCUCAUUCCUGUUAGAAUCCAUCAAAUCCUAAUGUUCAUUUCCCCCAGCUGCUGGUGCACAGUUUGCACAAGCCAUGAGUUGAUAUGUAUACAGUGAAGUUUUAGGCCGUUUCAACUUCAUAUAUUGCCACCUUCGUACACAGCGAGCAGCAUACGUGUAACCACAUUUAGGAACCAUGUGCUGUUAAAAAGGCUGGGAUCAAAAUCUGUGAAUAUCAACAUGCAUGGAUUAGAGUCCCCGACAGAAAGAACUCGUCGUUUAACGUCUGUGCGCUUCAGAGGAGAAGGAGAGCUCUCUAUUGGCUGAGACUAAGCUGAUGAAAUCUGACCCAUGCUAAUUUGAUAAGCACAUAAUAGGAUUAAUUAGCUGAUCCUGAGUCAAAUGGUCUCAAUUAGCCGCAGGGCUUUUUACAGGCAGGGAAGAAACAGAUAGAGAGAGAGAGGAGAGAUAAUGAAACAGUUCCACAGUCACCGAUUAGUCCACCACAAUGAACACACACACACACACACACACUUCAAGAAGCUAGAAAUCACUUCAACAUUCGAGGAAGCUUCAACCUCCCUCCUCAACCCCCCCAAACUCCAUCUCGUUUGCUGCAUUUUUAUUAAUGCCAUGUUUUGUUGAUAUAUUUGCACAUUAGUGGCGUUGUUUUUUUGUUUUGUUUUCUGGAGGGACCAAUGGAUGAACUGGGAGUCCUUGAAGCCACUUUACAGAACAGCGAAGGCCACUCGAACAUCUCAAAAAGAAAGAGAAUCUUUAUCUGAAAAUAACUCGGUCAAUGAUUUUUGUUCUAAAAUAAUGCUGGUUGGAUAUGCUUAAUUUUGCUUCACCGCAUCUUUGUAAAUAUGUGUAAUUAUUAAAAAUGAUACUGGUUUUCCGUGAA